AUGAACCUCCUGUAUUCGACGGUGAACACGCUGCGCGACCGGUACACGCCGGCGCGCCACACGUCGACGUUCCGCAAGACGGGCCAGAUCACACCCGAGGAGUUUGUCGCGGCGGGCGACUAUCUGGUGUACAAGUUCCCGACAUGGGCGUGGGCCGACGCCGAGCCGGCGAGCCGUCGGGUGUCGCACCUGCCACCGGGCAAGCAGUACCUGGUGACGCGCAACGUGCCGUGUCGACACCGGCUGAGCGACGUGGCGUACGGCGGAGACGGCGGCGGUGUCGAUGGCCGGCCGACGGCGGCGGAUGAGGAGGUGGUCGAGGGCGGCGGCACGGGCGGCGACGAGGACGGCUGGCUGCGCACGGGCGGCGAGCAGCUGGAAGGUGGCCGUGUCGAGGGGGGGGCAAGCCGGCAUGGUGGUGAUGGGACGCGUUCGGGGAACAGGCAGACAGACGACGACGACGACGACGACGAUGACGAUGACGACAUUCCCGACAUGGAGGAAGAGGACGACGACGAGGCGAUCAUCCCGGAAGCAGGAGACGUCAAGAGCGGCCACCGCAACUACUCGCUCUACAUCAUGUACUCCCCCUUCUACGCCACUCCCCGUCUCUACCUGUCUGGCUACCGACCUGACGGCCGGCCGCUGCCGCCACACCUCAUGAUGGACGACAUCGUCGGCGACUACCAGGACAAGACCGUCACCCUCGAGGACUUUCCCUUUUUCGAAAACGGCUCCAAGAUGGCCAGCGUCCAUCCCUGCAAGCACGCCCCCGUCAUGAAGACGCUGCUGGACCGUGCAGACGGUGCGCUCCGGCGCCGCCGCGAGAAGCUGGCCGUCGCCGCGCAAAAGGCAAAGGCAGCUGCUGCACAGACGACAUCGACAACAACGAAUUCCGCCACAGCCUCGUCCAUCGACGCCCUCGCUGACGAUACCCGCCGCCUCGACCUCGCCACCACCGACAACGAGUGGGAAGAGGUCCAGGCCGAUGUCGACGACGGCGAGGUCGCCAUCCGUGUCGACCAGUACCUUGUUUUCAUCGCUAGCGUUACCCCUGGUAUCGAACACGACUUCACCAUGAGCGUCUAG